UCAAAGAUCAUAUUUUAAUCCCCAUUUUCAGCGUCGAUUCAAAGCGAAAAUUCAUUCGAGCUCGAAGCUUUCUCAGAGAGAAAAUGGGUUCUCUUAGCAAGGAUGAAAGGGAAGAAGUUAUUCAGGCAUGGUACAUGGAUGAAAGUGAUGAAGAUCAGAGACUUCCUCAUCACCGUAACCCGAAGGAAUUUGUUUCCUUUGAAAAACUCGAUGAGCUCGGUGUGCUUAGCUGGAAGUUAGAUGCUGACAACUACGAAACGGAUCCCGAGUUGAAGAAAAUCCGUGAAGCUCGUGGAUAUUCUUACACUGACUUUUGCGAAGUUUGCCCUGAAAAACUGCCAAACUAUGAAGAGAAGAUCAAGAACUUUUACGAAGAGCAUCUUCACACAGACGAGGAGAUCCGCUAUUGUGUUGCAGGAAGUGGUUACUUCGAUGUGCGUGACCGUGAUGAAGCUUGGAUUCGCGUGUGGGUGAAGAAAGGGGCAAUGAUUGUUCUGCCAGCUGGAAUUUAUCACCGUUUUACCCUCGAUUCGAACAAUUACAUCAAGGCUAUGAGGUUGUUUGUUGGCGAUCCUGUGUGGACCCCGUUUAAUCGCCCCCACGACCAUCUCCCUGCAAGGAAACAAUAUGUGGAAGCUUUUGUGGAGAAGGUCGUUGAUGCUGCAGCUUAAACCCGUUUUUUUUAAUAUACAUUUAAAGACGAGGGAAACUGGUAGAUGACUUUUAUGAGCUUUCUUUAAAAUGGUUUUCGUGUAAUAUAAAACCGAGUUUGUGAAAAUAAUGGGCCUGAGGUCUCCGCUAUAUAUACUGAUUGUUAAAAAAGGUUUGUAUGAAUCGAAUAUCCGUUGGUGGUUGCAGUCGAAUAAUCGUAACGCCAAUUAUAUAUAGAAUUAUACCAUGCCAAUUAUCGAACCGACUGUCUGGUAAUUGUAGAAGAUUGUGCGUUUGAAACUACUCGUCGUUUU